ACGCUCCAUCUAUCCAUGCUUUCAAAAACAUACAUUAUGUGUGACAUCAAUUCAGAUAAUCACAAUGUGGAAACUGAAAUGAUUUAUAAAAAGAAGAUUUUGCCAGGUACUUUAUGCAUGAAGUGUAAAGUUCAGAAGGCUGCUGCUAUUGUACGUGUAAAUGAUUCUUUAUGCAGAUCCUGUCUAUUGACAUACACUACACACAAGUUUCGAUCAACACUUGGAAAAUCAAAAUUGGUUAAAGCUAAUGAUCGUGUUUUAUUAGUAGCAUCUGGUUCUCAAUCAUCCACAGCUUUAUUGCAUCUGGUCAAAGAGGCUUUAAGUGAAGGAGCUCACAAAAGACUUCGUUUUUCACCAGGAGUUGUAUUUAUAGAUGAAAGUGUGACAUUGCAAAACAAAACAGAAUGGGAACUUGGCAUACAAGAUAUAAAAAAACUGGUUGAAGACUUGGGAUAUCCCUUUUAUUGUGUACCUAUUUACCAGAAUUUUCACUCCGCUGGUAUCGAUGCUGAUGGUGUAAAUGAAAUCAAUAAAAGUUCUUUCAGUCAAGCAUUUGCACAGUUAUCAACACUUACAGCAAAAGUCCAUUUUCUAUCCAUAGUCAGAAUGUCUGUAAUUGUUGCUACUGCCAGGAAACAUUCUUAUACAAAAGUAAUGAUUGGUGAUACUGCAAGUGAUUUAUCAAUAACACUUCUCUGCAACAUUCUACAAGGGAACGGCAAUGCUAUUCCUUUUGAGAUUGGGGUUGCUGACAAGAGAUACAGUGAUAUCGUUAUUAUACGACCACUAAGAGAAUUUAGCUCAAAAGAAGUUGCAUUAUACACCAGACUUAAUCAUCUAAGUUUUACAGUAGUGCCCAAUAUAUUAACCAAGAAAGCCACGAAUUCCUGCAUUCAACGUCAGACUGAACAAUUUGUAAACAGCCUACAGGCUGGAUUUCCUUCUACUGUCAAUACUAUUUUUAGGACUGGUGACAAGCUGUGCCUGGACCAAGAAUUUACUUUUUCACCUUGUUUGCUUUGUCAGAGGCCGAAAGAUAGAAUUGAAGAAUUAGAAACAGGUGAAAAAAUAGAAACUGAAGUUGAACAAGAUAAAAGAAAUGAUGUUAUUGAACAGCGGCAUAAAGUAAUGGAAGAGAAAAUGGAGAGUUUAAGUGGAGAAGAGAAUCUGCGAGUAGACAGAUUGAUUUUAUCAGAUGUAAAGUCUAAGUUGUGUUAUGGAUGCAAUAUUACUUUGAAAGAAAUGGGUGAGAAAUACGAACUUCUACCUUACUUUACAUUGAAAACUAUCCAACAAAUGAAAAAUAGAACAAGAAUGAAAAACGAAAUCAAAGAUUUUCUGCUUUAAAUCAUGUUAGCUUAUUACUUGGAAAACGAUGUAAAAAUAAAUAUUUUUGAAAAACAUAAUGUAUUUAA